AUGUAUCAUCAGCCAGGAGAGUUCCUCAUUGGUGGCAUCGUUUCCCACGGUGGCUUCAUCUCCUCUCCGGCAACAUUCACUGAGGAACCCCCACCAGCGCUGCCUGAACAGUUUGUGGUGGUGCCUAAGAUUUACCAGCACAUUGUGGCCUUGGCAUUUGCAGUCAAGGAGAUCAACGAAGACCCUCACAUCUUACCCAACACUACCAUCGGCUUUCACUUGUAUGACAGCUAUAACAAUGCAAGGAACACAUAUCUCGCCACAUUGCUGCUUUUAUCCAGGGUGGAGAAAUUUGUUCCUAACUAUAUAUGUGAUGUUGAAAAUAAUCUGGCUGGGGUCAUUGGAGGACUGGAUUCUGAAAUAUCCUUUUAUUUGGCAACUGUUUUGGAUAUCUAUAAGAUCCCGCAGCUCCAUCACUUUCUAAGAAGCAUCUCAUUUAACAAUACGGCAGGAGGUGUGGUCUUCAUCAACCAGAAUGGGGAGGCAGAAUCUAGUUUGGACAUUGUCAAUUGGAUCAUAUUUGCCAACCAAAGUUUGCACAGAGUGAGAGUUGGCUGGAUAGAUCCACAAGCUCCUGCAGAACAAGCAUUUAUCCUUGAUGAAGAUGCCAUCACAUGGCACAGUUGGUUUAACCAGACUCAGCCUCAUUCUGUCUGUACUGAGAGAUGUCUUCCAGGAUCCAGCAAGAAAGUGAAGGAGGGACAGCCACCUUGCUGCUACGAUUGCAUCCCAUGUGCAGAGGGGAAGAUUGCAAACCAGGAUGAUAUGAAUGACUGUAAGAAAUGCCCAGACAAGGACUAUCCAAGCAAGAACCGGAAUGCAUGUCUACCCAAGGAUAUCAGCUUCUUGUCUUAUGAAGAACCUUUGGGAAUCAGUUUAGCUUGUUUCUCUCUUUCCCUUUCCUUGAUCACAGCUCUGGUACUAGGUACAUUUAUGAAACACCACGACACACCCAUUGUCAUUGCAAACAACCGAAACCUCACCUAUGCUCUCCUCAUCUCUCUCCUGCUCUGCUUCCUUUGUGCAUUACUCUUCAUUGGCCGACCAGAGAAGGUCACCUGCCUCCUCCGACAAACAGCUUUUGGCAUCAUCUUCUCAACUGCUGUUUCUUGUGUCCUGGCUAAAACCUUCACGGUGGUUUUGGCCUUCAUGGCUACAAAACCAGAGUCCAGGAUGAGGAAAUGGGUGGGGAAAGGACUAGGCCACUCCAUUCUCCUUUCCUGCUCCAUAGUCCAAGCAGGGAUAUGUACUGUGUGGCUGGCAACCUCUCCCCCAUACCCAGAUGUGGACAUGCACUCAGUGACAGAAGAAAUUAUACUAGAAUGUAAUGAGGGGUCUGUGGCCAUGUUUUACUGUGUCCUCAUCUACAUGAGCUGCCUGGCAACUGUGAGUUUUGCUGUGGCUUUUCUCGCCAGGAAGUUACCAGACAGUUUCAAUGAAGCCAAGUUCAUCACUUUCAGCAUGUUGGUCUUCUGCAGUGUUUGGCUGUCCUUUAUUCCUUCCUACCUGAGCACCAAGGGAAAAUAUAUGGUCGCUGUGGAGAUCUUCUCUAUCCUAGCCUCCGGUGGUGGGCUGCUGGUUUGCAUCUUUUCCCCCAAAUGUUAUAUAAUCCUUCUGAGGCCUGAGCUGAACAAUAGGGAACAGCUUAUUAGGAAGAAAAAUUAA